UUAGCCGAGCAUCAGCGUGACCAGUCUAAUAAUUAUCAGACAGUACCAUUCAACUUAUGUGAUCUGCAUCCCCCCAUAUUCAUGAAAGCAUAAUACCGACCUACUUUUUUCCAAGGCAAACAAUUCAACAAAGCCCAGGCCUAGCAUGUCAGCCCAAAAUGAACCAGAGCAGAGGACAGCAGAAGCCAGGGCAGCUGUUACUGCCUCGCUGAACUCUAUCGGCACGUCGCUGGAUUCGAAGAUGAAGACACGCGCAAGUGAUCUUCAUGCAAACGCGGCAGGGAUAUCCAAGCAGGAGACAGAAUUGGCUAAGCAGACUACGGCGCUGGCCAAAGAGAGGCUUCAAUGGCAGAAAUUGGCGGACACGUCGACUAAGAAGCUCAAUGAAAUCGGCGACACCCAGAACUGGGCAGAGACAAUUGAGAGAGAUCUAUUGGUCAUUGAAGAGACACUGCGCUUGGUGGAGGGCAAAGUUGUUGAAGAUUCAGCGAGCGGCACCAACGAUUUUUAAAGGUUGAUGGAAUGCAAUGAUGCGUUGACAGGAAUGGGAGGAAGAUGUGUUGCUAGCUUG